AUGAAGUACAUUCGAUUCACAAAUCCACAUGUUCUUUUUCUUCUUCUUGUUUCUGCCGAGCUCACUUUAUUCGUUUUUCGGCUCAUUUUUAUUGGAAAGCCUCCAUCGUCAGUCCGAGAAGCUCGAGAAUGCCUUCAUCUCCAGACAAAUACCCAAGAAAGUGAUGAUCAAUUUUUCCAGAGGAUGUGGCCAUCACUUCAUCAAGUGGUGGAUAAGUGUUCGUAUCGACACUUUCGAGAACGAAUCAAGGUGAUUGGCUCGGCAAAACAUUCAAUUUUAUGGCUGAAUUGGCUUGUUGAUCAAAAUGAGCAUCAAUGCAACGCUAUCUUUGUGCAUAAUUCGAAAAGUGUCGCAAUGGAACGAGAGCUGAAGCGAUAUACCAGAAAAUGUGUGAUUUAUUCGUUGAGUGACAAGCAUACGGAGAUCGCCCGUUACCAAGAUCCUCGAUACAGUGUGCUCACCUUAAAACAAAAUGUGAGCUCUAGAGCAAGACAUCUAGGGUGGGGAGUUGAUCAUUAUGCCCGAGAUGCGGAUUCUGUUGAUUUGGCCUAUUUUACUGUUGUUCAAGUCCAUAAACUUCGUUAUGACUCUAUCAAUAUCUUCUACGACGGAAGUCAACACAUCAAAUCGUUAUUCACAAAGUCGCCAUUCGAUGAUGCUAACUUGGCAACGUGCCAGUUCAAUAUAAUUUACAAUCGCCCGAAAGGCCGUCUGGCUCGUCGUGAUUUCCGUUACAACUGGAAACGUCUUCUCUACGAUCGUCGUUACUUGGUAGCUGGUGUUCGAAAAGUCAGAGGAUCAGAUGACGCUUUGGCCAUUCUACUUUUGAAUAUUAGUGAACCUUAUUGUUGGGCUAAAUACAUCAGUAAUCAGCCAUUCGUUGCGAAGAACGUCUGA